AUGCGUCUAGAAGGUUCUUGCCAUUGCCGCGCCCUAUGCUACUGCAGCAUCUGCCGCAAGGUGGGCGGGUCGGGCGGGUUUGGCAUCAACAUAGGUGGUGAUGCGGGGUCGAUGCAGGUGCAGGGGGAGGAGCACCUAGCCACGUACCACGCCAAGAUGAGGGCGGACACGGGCGAGGUGACUGAGAGCGUGGCGGAGCGCCGGUUCUGUCGCGAGUGUGGGUCGCACCUGUGGCUGUAUGACCCCAGGUGGCCCGACCUCAUUCACCCGUACGCCUCUGCCAUUGACUCUCCCCUGCCCACCCCUCCCGAGCGCACGCACUUACUGCUCAACUUCAAGCCCGCGUGGGUGAAGGCGAGUGUGGGGCCCACGGACAAGAGCUUUCAGGGGUACCCGGAGGAGAGCUUGGCGGACUGGCACAAGCGCACAGGGGUCGGGCAGUGA